AUGCCAACGAACGCUGGCGCUGGCGGAGGCCAGGGUCUGACGACUUCGGGGAGCGCUGGAUGGAGCCCGCCGCUUCUUGGGCGCUUCCAGUCGUUCGCACAACAGCUACACGGGCCGUCUGCGCUAGCAAGCGGCGCGUUAGCGACCACACCGCCGGCUUCAGCUGGCCCUGCUAAUGACUCCAACGCUGGGUUUGGGAGCGGCCCGCUCAACGCCUCAGCAGCAGCAGCAACAACAACAACAACAGCAACAACGAGCGCUGGUCUGACGGUGUCGCCUGCACUCCUGACCAGUGGCUCGCCUCUGUUUCCGCCACUGGGCCAAACACCGCCCGCGUCAAGUGAGUCACACAUGGGCCAACAGACUGCAGUUUUCGACCUGACGGAUUUCCCGGCUCUUGGUGUGGGAAUGAUGCUGAAUCAUGGGCAGGGUGCAACGUCGCAGGCUUCUCUUGGAGAGUCAGCGAACAACUCGGGAGCUGGCAAUGCAAUGAUGGGGUACGGUCGGGUUCUGGGGAGCCCGUAUUCGAUGUCGCAGCGGGUGGAGCUUACUGCGCGAGACUUUCCGGCGCUGGGAUCAAAACUCCAGAACCCGGCCACGCUCGGUGUCCAUUCUCGACUGAACCCAUCCUUGGGAACCAUAGGUGGCAACGUGACGGCUGGCGCAGUGCCCAACUCCUUCGUUGCUGGUACUGGAGCAGGUGCCGGGAACGGAGCCUCGGGUACCGGUGCUCUGGCGGCGAUGUCGAUACCGCCGGCGUCGUCGACAUCGACGGUCGGCUUCCUUGGAGCACCAUCCGCCACGGGAUCAUCGACAGCGCCCACUUCGCUGCCGCCGUACGCAGCAGGGCCAGCACCAGCAACGCCAUCAGCGCCACCGCCGUUACCCUCAGCACCGCUGGCAACGCCUCCAUCCUUGCCGACGCUGGCAUCGCUUGCAACAACAACAACAACAACAACGUCGUCGGCGUCGUCGUCUUCGGGCCCGGCAGGAUCACGCUCCGAUGCCCCAGAGUGGAGUACGCGACUCAAUGCCGAGCCGAAUCCGAGUGCACGACUAGGAAUGGGCCAGUUUUCCACUGAAGCUGGUGCUCGGUCGGGCGUCUUCUCUGCAGCUGGGACCGCUGCGGCCAGCGCGACGUCCAUGGCGCUGAAUCUCUUGAACUUGGCCCACGGCUCGGGGACUGCGUCGGGUCAGGCGGCAGGUGCGGAGAACGGCACCUGGGGCUCACCGUACGGCAUGCUGGGACUCUUGGCGACGAUUCGCUCGCAGAAUGCGGACCUGUCGCUAUUGGCGCACGGGGUAGACCUGACGGCCCUGGGUCUGAAUCUGAACAGCGCGGAGCCGUUGUAUCCUUCGUUUUCGUCUCCGUUUGGUCCCGAUUUAUCACGAAAUGGUGCACCAUUGGAGGAUACCCGAACAGAUGAGACUGUGGGCAACUCGCUCGAUGCAUUUGCGGCUCUGCCGUCUUGUUACAGCGCAUGCACAGUGAGCUUGAAACCUGCGCAUUUCAAACGCUUUUCAACGGAGACGUUAAUCCUUAUCUUUUACGGAUAUCCGCGUGAUUUGGUACAAGUAUAUGCUGCACUGGAGUUGUUCAAUCGAGGUUGGCGGUAUCACAAGGAGCUCAAGACGUGGUUUGCACGAUCGGGACCAGGCGUCGAGAGCCUUGCUCCAGAUCCGUCUGAUGCCAAGUCCAUUUCAUCGAGCGGUAACCAGCUGGUGUACUUUGAUCUCCAUAACUGGUCGCUGAAGCCGUUUGCGAACGCUGGUACGCUUCCGAAUUUGAUGCGUGGAUUUCUCACUGAAGCGGAGUUGCGUGAAAUGAUGGCGGCGUGCAAGUGA